CCUUUCUUACAUCAAAGAGCAUAAUCUAAAAAUCAUCGAAUUCAAAAAAGUCGACAGAAGUCGUCAUGGCGCAGAGGAUCAGGACAUUGGUUCUGCUAAUAGAGAUAUUGUUUCUGGUGAGUUGUGUGACUCAUAUCACCACGGUAGCAGCGGAUAAUGAUGGAGAUGUGAUUCACGUCGCCGGAAAAGUAAUGUGCCAAGAUUGUUCUCUGAACUACGAUGAAUGGAUCAACGGUUCUGAACCCAUCAAAGGGGCAGUGGUAUCAAUCACAUGUAUGGACGAAAGGAGAAGAGUGAGAUACUAUGGCAGCGAUAAGACCGAUGAGAGAGGCCAGUUCGAUCUAAUCGUCAACAAAGUCCUCUACGGCGGCAAGGAUCUCAAGCCUCAACUUUGUAAUGUCCGGCUCGUGUCUUCUCCAGACCAGUCUUGUAACAUCCCCACCAAUUUUGGGAAUGGUCAAACCGGAGUGAAGCUAGUUCGACCAUUCAUGGUAUUCAAGGAUCUGGUUAAGUAUGUGGUCGGGCCAUUUUAUUAUACCACUCCCAUGUGUGAGACGCCUAAAUUUGAAAACAAAUACUAAACUUGGAGGGUUUUGACUUAUUGGCCGAGGUAAUUUAAAUUUAGUUGUCCUUCGUUAAACAAUUUAUAUUACUCAAAUACUUGUAAUGUGACAUGUUUUGCUUCCGUGAUUUUGUUAAUUUUCUUGUAUAUGUCAAAGUGUAACUAAAAAAAUAACACAGAAAUUUCAGUUACAA